AUGCACACAGUGUCGCUGCUGACUCCGCCGCCGCCACUUCGCGCGCUGCGCCGGCAGUACGCUCUCCUAGCCUCGCGCAAGUCGCCGGGCACCGCCCGGCCGAGGCUCUCUCGGGACGCCGCCGUCCAGCCUUCGCCGCAGCACGCCGUCGUUCAGCCAUCACCUGGCAGCGUCCGAUCUGCGUCCGAGCUCAGCUCAGCGUCCCAGUGCGAGAGAGUGGAGCGGGAGCGGCUGCCGCCCAAGUCGGUAUUCCGGCGCCAGCUUCCCGCGCCUCUCGUCGCCUUCUCGUCGCCGCAAGGCCGCCGCAACUUCGCCGAGGCGAUGGCCGCUGGCCAGCUUGAGCCAUACUUUCCGCUGUCGGAGCAGUUUGUCACGCAGGACGAGCCAACCUUUUGUGGGCUGACCACGCUGACGAUGGUGCUGAACGCGCUCAACAUCGACCCUCGGCGCCGCUGGCGCGACGAGGCGGGGCCAGGCUGGCGCUGGUGGUCGGACGAGAUGCUGCCCGCCAGCUGCACGGUGCCUCUCGAGCAGGUUCGCGCCGAGGGGACGACGAUGGACGACUUUGCGAGGCUCGCAGUGGCCAACGGAGCGCGGGUGCGCACGCGCUACGCCUGCGGCGAGAGCCUCGAUUCGUUCCGCGCCUCCCUCGUCGAGCGGACGACCUCGGCCGCCGCCACUUUCGCCGUCACGUCCUUCUGCCGAGCGCGCCUCGGGCAGACGGGCGGCGGCCACUUUUCUCCGAUUGGCGGCUAUCACGCGGAGUCCGACUCGGCGCUGGUGCUCGACGUCGCCCGCUUUAAAUAUCCGCCGUUCUGGGUGCCUGUGGAGCAGCUGUGGGAGGCAACCCUCGCGGUCGACGAGGUGACCGGCCGCGCUCGCGGCUGGUUUGAGCUGAGCGCGGCCCCGCUAAAUGAGAGGCGAAGGGGCUAA